AUUUAUUAAUAUUUACUGAAUUUCUAUACUCAUCAUUUAAAUUAUUCCAUUAUUAGCACCAUGGUAAGUUAAACUUUUUUUUUAUAUUCUGUUUUAGGUUUUUCAGUAUAUAAGACAUCCAUUGUUCUUGUAUUGUAUUGUGGAUUUCUUAAAGUAAAUCUGUUCCUAAGAUAUGAUGGUGCUAAGUCAUGAAAUAUUUUUGGGAAGGUGGUAAUAAUGACAAUACUGAUGACAGUAAAAGUGAAGAUGGUUGGGAAGGUGGUAAUAAUGACAAUACUGAUGACAAUAAUAGUGAAGAUGGUUGGGAAGGUGCUAAUAAUGACAAUACUGAUACAAUAAAAGUGAAGAUGUUUGGGAUGGUGGUAAUAAUGACAAUACUGAUAUAAUAAUAGUGAAGAUGGUUGGGAAGGUGGUAAUAAUGACAUGGGAAGGUGGUAAUAAUGACAAUACUGAUGACAAUAAUAGUGAAGAUAGUUGGGAUGGUGGUAAUAAUGACAAUACUGAUACAAUAAUAGUGAAGAUGGAUGGGAUGGUGGUAAUAAUGACAAUACUGCUGACAAUGAAAGUAAGUAUCAUAGGAAAGAUGUUGAUGAUGACAACACAGAGGACAAUAAUGGUGGGGAUGGUGGUAAUAAUGACAAUACUGAUGACAAUGAAAGUGAGGAUCGUGGGAAUGGUGAUGUUGAUGACAACACAGAGGACAAUAAUAGUAAAGAUGGUUGGGAUGGUGGUAAUAAUGACAAUACUGAUGACAAUGAAAGUGAGUAUCAUAGGAAUGAUGUUGGUGAUGACAAGAAGAUGUUUGGGAUGGUGGUAAUAGUGACAAUACUGAUGACAAUGAAAGUGAGGAUUGUGGGAAUGAUGUUGAUGAUGACAACAAUAACAAUAAUGACAAUGACAACAAUAACAAUAAUGACCAUGACAGGAUGGUCCAAUGUUGAUGACGAUGACGAAAAUACUAAUGACAAUAAUGAUCACAAUAUCAAUCAUACUGAUUAUGAGUAGGAUGGUGGCAGUAGUAUUCUGUUCAAGUAAUUCGUUGAUGUAUUAUUUAUCUAAAUUUUUUAUGGAGGUGGAUGAUACAUCAAUCCAUGAUUCUAUUGCUGUUUUCAUGGCAAUUUUGAUAGCAAGAAACUGUUUUAAACUGGAAGAUGUGAUAAUGCACUUGGCACUCACCUCACUGCUUGCUGCCAAUCACUCUGGUGGAGGUGUUCAAGAAGCAGAAGCAGAAGCUGGUGCUCGUCUUAUGUGCCAUCUGCUGCUUAGACUCUUCACAACCCUGCCGAACCCUAACCAUGAGAGUCAGACAUCAUCUGGCAACCGUUUUGUGAUUAGAUCAUCAAGUGAUCGCCACCUAUUAGCUGCCGCUCACAGUAGGAUCGGCGUUGAACCUCUUGUUGCGGUCCUGAAGGCCAUUUUAAUACUGAGCGAUGCUGGAAUUGGUACGUCAACAUUCAAUGCUCAAACGGAUGAGUUUGCUGAUGAUCUUGUAUAUGGUAGUAUACAUAAAGAGUUUGCCCCACGUAAACCUGCAAGCAAGAUGGACACAGCAGGGCUGAGCGACUUUGCUAAAAUCACCCUGAAAGCAAUAUGUAGCCAAGAUUGGGUUCAGGAAAUCUUCCUAAAAAACCCUGAUGGUCUGUGGAGUAAAGAUGUCUUGCUAGAUCCCAUGAUAAAUCAUCAGCAGCGACAGCAUCUUUUGCAACUCAUCUGCUAUCCAAACGGUGUGCCAGAGGUGCCUGAAAGUGAUUAUGACGAUGAGGAUGAACAGAAGCUCACAAUUACUAGAAUUUUAAAGCUUCAACUGAGAUUAAGUUUGGUGGGAAGUAUGUUUGAUACAAUCAUUAGAAGCAACCAAUGGAUGACGGAAUUUGCCCUGCUUCUCCUACAACUAAUUACCACUGGCACAGUUGAUAUACAAUCAAACAAUGAGUUAUUCACAAUUGUAUUGGACAUGCUGUCUGUGUUAAUCAAUAGCACACUGACAAGUGAUGUGACAGCAAGCCCUGGUACAGGCGAAGAGAAUCGCAGACAACAUCUCAACCUCAUCAAAAAGCUUCGUAGAGAACUCGGUGACAAGAAUUCUGACGGUAUUGAUAAAGUUCGCCAGCUUCUACCUGUUCCAAAGAAAUUUGUUGAAGUUAUAACAUGUGAACCAACAGGGUGUGUAAUGGAUACAAGAGGAAACAAGAUCACUGGUUUUGAGAUCAAUAAAAAGCAGGGUUUGCAAGUUUCAACAAAACAAAAAGUCAAUCCAUGGGACAUGCUGGAGGCCAACAAAAACCCAGCUCCACUCUCUUGGCCCUGGUUUGGUGCUGUCCGCAUGGAACGCAAACCACUGAAGUACAUGGAGCAGUACCGAUUGAACCUCUACCAUGACCAUGACCACACCAAACCUGAUGCAUAUUACUUGCAACCGCCACAGCUACCUGCUGAUGAGGAACCACCACCAGCACCGUCGCAGGAGGUUGAGAAGCCACCCGCUGAUGCAGAGGUUACACAAGCAGACACUAAAACCGCCACUGAGUCAAGCAAGAAGAAACGGCAGACAAAGCGGAGAAAGGUCACUACAAAUGCUCAUAAUAGAGAUUUUCCUGUUAAUCAGCAUAUGCCUUUCCAAGAGAGACCACCAUUCAUGCCGACAUAUUACACCCAGCAAAAUGCACCGUUCUACCCCCAGCAGCAACAACUACCUCCUGGAGGGCCUGGCCGUGGUGACCGUGCAGUAAAUGUAGGACCUGGUAAUUCAAAAGCAGUGUUGAAUAGUAUGCUUCGGGCUAGACAGCCCAAUAACCAACCCAGUCAACAAGUACAGAUGCAACUCUUUCAACGUCGUCAACGGCAGAUGGUACGGCAACAGCUGCAGCAACAUGCCAUUCGCAACCCUGAUGCCAUGUUCCAAUACAAGAACCAAGAUACUAAUAUACACCAUGUAAACCAAACUCAGGGGAUGACAGGCUAUAAUUAUAACAACCAGAUGAUGCAGCACCAAACAAUGCCAGACCCUAACCAAGCUGCAAACUUCACUCAAGGCUAUGGGAUGUCGGGACAGACAGGCCUGAUGCAGACCAUGAGAACACAGCCCCAGCAACCAGCAGCAUAUAUGAACCCUCAACGUACAAUGCAGCCAGCAAACAGAAUGCAAGACCAUAUGCAUCGGUCAGUUAUGCACCAAGGGAUGGGAACUAUGCAGCAGCAACAGCCGCAGACUACACGACAGAACCCUGGUUACAUGGCUAUGCAGACGGAUAGACAGAGGCAGCAGCUUUUGCACCAACAACAACAGAAGUUCCUUAGGCAGGGUAACAUGUCGCAGGCCAAUGACCAGCAACAGACUGCAGCCCUUGUACGCCAUCUCCAGAGCCAGAUGCCAAGAGAAAUGGGCCAGCAACCGGGGCAUAAUCCUUAUCCAUACUGAUGCUUAUUUUAUUCACAAAGUCAACGACAAAUCCAGGAUAUGAAAAAACAUGCUUUGUACAGGAAGGCUGGAUUAAAGUUUACUGAUUUGUUUUGGCAGUACCAGGGAGGAUGGAGCCAUGUUCCUUUCUCGUGUCUACAUUUACAAGAGUUUACAUGCAAAGGGUUAAACAAGUUCAUUCUCACAUGUUUUGUGGUUAAUUGAUCAUUUAGCCUUCUCAUAUACCAGUGGUUCUCAACCUGUUUGCAUUCGCGGACCCCUCGGGACAUGUCAAAAAUUCUCACGUACGACCAUGUCUAAGUUUUAUUCAUUGUCGAUAAUCUAACAAUAAGAUUAUAGAUAGAAGAUGAUUUGCCACAUACUGUAAGUACAAUAUUAUACAGUGGAAGAUCAUGGAAUUCGGAAUAGAAACCACCUUAGCCCCACCAUGGUUGACAUUUCUAUGUCUUAUGGCACUCCUAGAAUGCAGGAAAUGGCACUGUCAGACUCAUAAUUUUGUAAUAUUUAGGGCAAUUCAUGGUUAAUAUUCCACCGAUAAGUUGAUAGAUAGAAGAUUCUCUACAAAAGUUUUAAUUAAAUUUAAAUAGUGGUGGAUCCUAGAAUUCUAAAUAGAAUGGGGGGUCAGGAAGUCACAGAUAGUGGCUUGAUACCACCUCAUUCCCAUCAUAGUUGGGGCUGAGGCAGGAUUUUUUUUAUGUCUGGCACUGCUAGAUUGCCGGAAAUGGCACUGUCAUUUGAAUGCAAUUUUCUUUUUCUUUUUUCAUUUUUUGCGGACCCCCAACUUUUUUUUGCAGUCCCCCAACUAUUUUACAGUGGAAGCUACAGUAGGUUCGAAAGGACUAUCGUAUAUACCAUUAGGAUCAAUGGCUUAAGUCUUUUCUGAAACAUGGUGGGUGCACAUUUGUAGUUUCUUUGAAUGAAAGCAACAUCAUUAUCAACACAAUCUAUUAAUGUUCUACUCCAGUAGAAUUACGUUUUUGUAACCUAGUCUUGAUCAUGCAAUAACACAUUUUGUCAGUUAUUAUGUGUUGUCGU